AUGCUGUACACAUUAUUUGAAGCUGUAUUAAACUCAAAUGUGUCCGUUGGUAGGAUGGAUGGAUCUAACAUCCCUUUCGACGCCAUGGAUGAGGAUAGUGAACAGGAAUUUGAUGACGAAAUAAAUUUGAUAUUGGCUGUGCUAGACAUAUCAGAUGACGAUGACGAUUACGAUGGAAACUGCAAAAUGCCGGCACGCAAUUUGCCAUUACGAGGGGCCAUGUAUAUAAGGUGCAUGCUGAACGGUAACCCAACGCCGUUUAAGGAAAUGUUCCGUAUGGAGCAACCCCAGUUUAUAACGUUGUGUACUGAGUUGAGGGAGCGCCAACUCAUGAGGAGUACAAGGAACGUUGAGGUUGAGAAAAGUGUGGCUAUAUUUCUUGUGGUUAUCGGCCACAGCCAGGGGCAGUGGGUCGCGUCAAAUCGCUUUCAACAUUCCACUGAGACAAGAAACCGCCAUAUCAAGACGAUGCUUGGUGCAGUGGGUCGUCUAGCGAGGAUUUACAUUAGAGUUCGUCACAGGACUGGGGUGGCCCCACAUGUAAGCGGUGAUCCCAAAUAUUAUCCUUGGUUCAAGGAUUGUAUUGGUGCGAUCGAUGGCACACACAUAAAGGCGGAAGUCCUAGUCGAGCACCAACGCCUCUUUCGUGGCCGGAAAAAUGAUUGCACACACAACGUGAUGGCAAUAUGCGAUUUCGCUAUGUUAUUCACGUUCGUGUACGUUGGUUGGGAGGGAACAACUAACGAUGGUCGCGUAUUUAAGGAUGCUGUUACAGGUGACAACGGUUUUGAGUGGCCCACAGAUGGUGUGUACCUUGGCACUAUUACGUGGCUGAUUCAGCGUAUCCAUGUACGCGGGGUUUUUUUGCCUCCAUAUAAAGGGGAGAGGUACCAUCUCAACACUUAUCGCAACAGGCCGUUGCCACGUGGGUACAAGGAACUAUUUAACUUUAGGCACUCAUCGUUGCGAAUGAUCAUCGAGAACUGCUUCGCUAGAUUGAAGAGGAGAUGGCGUAUAUUAAAUGGCAUCCCUGGGUACUUAUUGGUGCGUCAACCUAGCAUUAUAUUGGCAUGUUGCACGCUACACAACUUCGUCGGGGUACACAAUCCGAAUGAUGAAAUCUUUAGCGGCAAUGAUGCAGCAGAACCGGAAAUGGACGUCGAUCAGGUAGACAUGAGUGAGCACCCAGAUGAUUAUGGCAACAACGAUGAGGCAGGCCCAUCAAAUUCAGGACAUUAUGACUUCUCCCAAGCAGCUUCCGUUGAAAUGGCCCAAUUUAGAGAAGGCAUUGCACAAGCAAUGUGGGAUACCCGUCAUGGACACUAG